GACAUCGAAGCCGUUUUACCGGACAUAAAUUAAUACAGUACUCUGACUUGGCCGUUUUGUAUUGUAUAGCAACCUGCCUUGCUCAACUGCUGUCCUGUAAGUGAGCUAGCCAGCUAAUCGCGAGGAGAUUCCACUCUCCGGGAAUAAUCUCGCGCAUUUAUUCCCAGUCUGUCACGCUAGAUAACGCGCGAUUCCUCGCACUGAUACGGUCUCGUGAGUUGUUCUCACAGGAAGCUGGUUUUAACGCUGAACCCGCUCGCGAGGUGUUUGUCAGGCACCGCGCUUCCGUCUACAUCUUUACGUCACUCGCUUCCAAUUAGGUUUGAUGUUUUUCCAUGAGCACCCUGCGGAGAGGACUUUGAUUUGCUUGUACCUUCUGUCCUAGCAAAUCAAUGGAGAAGCUUCAAGACCUCAGCCAAUCCGAGUUGCAGGAUUUGCUGGACAACUCGGAGCGAGUGGAGUCUAUGGCACUGGAAUCUGAUGAGAUUCAAAAUAUUCAGCUGGAAAGGGAGAUGGCACUGGCAGCCAACCGCAGUCUGGCAGAGCAAAACCUUGACUUGAGGCCCCGUCUUGAGAAAGAGAGAACGCGGCUGGUGGAGAAAUACACCGAACUGGAGAAAGUGAGGGAGAAAUACAAACAGCACUGUGCCCUGAGAGAUAGUAUAAUGGGGCAGGUGUCCCCAGAGGGGCUGCUGUCUCGUCUGCAGAUAGAGGGCGCCAACACAGAGGAAGAAUCAGAGGCUCUAGCAGAUGAGUUUCUUGAAGGUUCAAUAUCGCUGGACUCCUUCCUCGAACGCUUCCUUUCCCUCCGCUCCCUUGCUCACACAAGACGAGUGCGCAUCGAAAAGCUGCAAGAAAAUCUUUGCCAAAAAAGCAAAGGGAUUGGAGACUCUAAAAUGACAUCACAAUCCUGUGCCAAUCAUGAUGCUGGAUCGUCAUCACCGUGGCAACAGCCGCAGCCCCAGCAGCAACAGAGCUCCAAAAUCAAUGCACCCUCCAAUGCCUCCAGCUCUGCUCUCCCCUACUCCCCUUACUCUGUUACUCCCCCCAACCACCCCCCAUCAGCCUCUACAACAGGCCCCACCAAUCCUAGCACAGCGUUUCAUCCCUACGCCAGCCAGGGCACCCCAUUUCAUCAGUCAACGGGCUACUCUGCUCCCAGAUCAGCAUUUGGCCCCCCAGCUUGCCCAUACCCCACCCAACCCAACCCAUUUCCUGGGCCACCAUUUGGGCAGUUUGGUCCCACGCCUGCUCCGUACCCAACUCCACACCCGUAUGGAGGGUAUGGCUACCCCACAGGCCCCAGUGGGCCAUCAAACCAGUCACCAAUAGGUAGACCGCUUUAUAGGCCUGGUUUCGGGGUACCACAACCAUAUUCCUGAGCCACUCUGUGUGUCUCUGUCUUUCUCUUUUUCUCAUUCUCCCUCUUAUCUCACUCCUCUCGCUCUGAUUUGUGGUUAGUGUACCCAUGUCACAUCAUGUUCCUGUCUGAGGCUUAUAAAGAACACUUGAGAUUGGGUAAAGGUGUGCUUGUUCCCCCAUGAAACCUCAAUGAAAGACUCAGAGACUCAAUAUGGGCUUCACUGCCUUGGCAUCGAUGGCUCUGUUCCUAUCCAUUUUAAAGCAUGUUUUCAAAUCAGUUUGCAAAAAUCUCGGUGUCACUGAUAUAUGAUUAUGUUUGAGGACGAGAUGCUUUUCUUUGUUCUUUUAUUAAAUUGUUUUGCUGCUCAGCCUUGUUUGGCUGUGUUUCCAAUAAUUUUGAUGAUUCAACUUCUACUGAGAAAAAACAUGUUACACUACAUGGAGGAUUUCCUAAUUUCUUGAGUAUGAAACCCAUUGUUAACAUAAAUCCAGAAAGCACAGCACCAUCUUUCCAUUUUAGAACAGAUGCAAACUCCUUGCUUAAAUCAAGCUCUUUAAAAAAAAAAAAAUCAUAAUAAAAUUAAAGACAACUGGGCCCACCUUACAUUAGACAACUUCCCUGUGUGCAGAUUUGAAAUCCAAAUCACAGUGUUGCAACAUGUUACUGGGUGCAAUAUGUCCUGUUACGAAUGCAUAAUAUACUAAUACACCAAUCGAUCAAUCCCAACCUCCCAAUACCUCUUAUGCUUCCCUCUUUUUUUCUUUGCACCCUUGCACUCCAUUUACUUUUAAUACCGCUUGAUAAUGAUCAGAAGGACUAGAUUAUUACAUAUGUACGUUCUCUAGUGGAGACAAUGUAAUUUGUAUUAACAUAUACUAAUAUUAAAGGGAAGUCAGAGAACGAGGGAUAUAAAUAUAGACAUAUCUUUAUCUGAUAUAGCACAGGAUUUGGUGGGGCAGGUGAGGCAUAACAUAGCACAGAGCAUAUGCAAGACAAUAGGUGCUAAGUAACAUGCUUUUGUUAGUAAUAUAUAGCUUUUGGAACCUACCAUUAAGGUAAAACUAUGCAGACAAAUGCUUGGACAUCGGCUGCAUAUUUUACACUUUUGAAUUUAGACACAACGAAGCAUUUGAUGAUCUUGUACAGCCAGAGUCAUGGAAAUGUCAAUUUCAAAGAGACACAUUACCCUCAGAAUCAAAAAGUGGGCAUGAUUGGAUAUGGAUCCUGCUCCUCCCAGAUUUAUUUCCAUAAAGUGAUUUCACUCCUCACCAACAGAACACCUUAUUUCGUGUUUUGAUUUAAGCCAUCCCUCAGAUUCACUUGAUUGUGCCUCAUGAAUGUUUUGAAGACCAAUAAAGUGUCCAUACACAAAGGCCUUGGGCUCCCCUACAAAAUGGCCUAUACGUGUCAUUUAUCAAGGUGUUCUGUAGGUGUCCCCUAAAAAGCCCCACCUAAUUAAAAUGUUUACUGGCCAGCUGGAGGCCCAUGUGAAUCACACUAGCAUUCCACACUAACAGCCCCAAACUCUUUGGCAGCAGGAGCUGGGAGUGGGUCUUUUGGACAGUCAGCUUUAGAAUAGGCGUGCGGGGGUCUCUCUUUAUUUUUGUACUUUAAAGCAAUUUAAAACCAGAGGCAUCCUCAAUCAAGCCUCAGGUGGCUUUAUCUAAUUCAUGAACUCAGUAAUUAAGACUCAGGUUUGUAGCAAAACCCCCACGUUAAGGUUCCCUCCCCAGCACCUGGAGCGAGGGAGAGGGCUGAUACGAUGACACGAUGAUGAGAAAAAUGGGAAGAUGAUUUAUUAGCAUAUUAAUUUGAAGAAUUAGAGGAAAGAGAUUCUAUUGCAUUGGUUGUGAUGACUGUAGCCUGUUAAAAGUGUAUUAUUUUUAUUGUCCUUUUUUCUCGGGUGUGAAUAUUAAACACUGAAGUUGAUCUAUGA